AUGGCCAAGGUCGGGCUGGGUUGGGGCGAGACGGUCAAGUGGGUUCGAAUGGGGGCGGUCACUGGUGGUGACCCGUGGGGCGGGUAUUCCGUUGCUCACAGGGCUCCGUCACGGGGAAAUCGAGAUCGAGAGCAGCAGGACGCCUGGAGACGAGGAGCAAUUCCAAACCAGUAUAUCUCCAUCCACGUCAAGGCACAGGCCACAGUGUCACGAUGCGAGGCCGGGCCAAAUCAAAGAAGGGGUGUGUACAGACAACAUCUGUUGAGACAAACACUACCUGGGUUGCAAAUAAAACAAUCGUGUGGGCUGGCUGAUGACACGCGUACUGAAAUUGAUCAAUCGAAUCUCAGCCUCGUCCGUGUGACCGGUCUUCUCGUCGUUUUGCAUGAGGAGAUUGGCAUCACGCCUGCAGUGGGUGCCUCGAGGCAGCGACUCAGCAAUUGUGCACAGACAGGUCGACUGGUGUCCAUGUUUGGUCUCAACAUUGAAAUCACAGGAAAUGCAAUCCUCUUGCAGUGUACGGGAGAGGUCUUCUUUGGCCUACAGUCUCUGCCCCAUCCAGCUGCUGAACCUCAGACCUUGAGCCUGGGCAAAACAUCAGUUCGCCGGGAGAAGAGUGAUGUACUCGGAAAUGUGUACAACUCGGCCAUCACGGCCAUCACGGCUACCUAG